AAUUUGUAAUGCCAUCAAUUUCAUAGCGCAUAAUCAUAUGUUCUCAAUCUUGAUUGAAGAAUUUAAAAAUAUGGGAGAUGGUAAAUGGAGGCUAAAUGGGUGGGAUGGUUAGAGAGAAAUUGGGGGUUUGAAAUCUUCUCAGUUGCCACGGGGACAAGAGAUUACAGCGUGCGUAUCGUUGUAGCCGUUAGGGUUCAAGGGAUGGUCGCUCCCUCAAGAGCUCCUCUCCAAAUUUCUUCUUCUUCUCGGAGAGAGCUGUAAUUUGGAGUGAGAUAGGGAGAGCCCUCUCCCAACGGCUCCUCCCCAUCUUCUUCUAUUCUCAGAUUGGAAGGUGAAGCCGAUCGAUAGUAAUGGAGGAUGAACAGAACAAUGUUGACUCUGGGUUGGAGAUUUCAGAUGCCCCUGCAAUCAAAUACUAUGGCUGGAGAGCAAUGCCGUAUGUCAUAGGAAAUGAAACAUUUGAGAAGCUUGGGGGCAUUGCGACGGCCUCAAACCUGCUAGUGUAUCUCACUACUGUGUUCCACAUCAAGAGCAUCGAUGCUGCUACGAUCUUGAAUGUCUUCAAUGGAACCACAAGCCUGGCUACUGUGGUCGGCGCCUUCAUCUCCGACGCCUUCUUAGGGCGCUACAAAACCUUGGGUUUUGCUUCUGUAAUUACACUUCUGGGCAUGUUCGUCAUCAUGCUCACUUCUGCAAUCCCAGCUCUGCAUCCACCUUCCUGUCUUCAAGGGACAACCUGUUCAGGCCCUACACCAAUGCAGCUUUCUGUGCUUGCUCUGAGCUUUCUGUUACUAGUGAUCGGAGCAGGUGGCAUAAGGCCCUGCAACCUUGCCUUCGGUGCAGACCAGUUUAAUCCCCACACUGAAUCUGGAAAGAAAGGAAUCAGCAGCUUCUUCAACUGGUACUAUUUUACCUUCACCAUUGCAGUCAUGAUCUCCUCCACCUUCAUUAUCUAUAUUCAGAGCAAUGUGAGCUGGACACUAGGCUUGGCUAUCCCUGCCAUCAUGAUGCUCAUCUCCUGCAUCUUCUUCUUCCUCGGCACAAACAUUUAUGUCAAAGUGAAGCCUGAAGGAAGCCCUUUUACUAACUUUGCCCAGGUUCUAGUUGCAGCAAUCAGGAAGCGGUGCUACCAGCUCUCCAACGAUCCAAAACAGUCCCUCUUCAAUCCUCCUCAUUUCAGCUCCCUCAUCUCCAAGCUUUCUCACACUAAUCAGUUCAGGUAUCUUGACAAGGCUGCAAUCAUAACAACGACAGACGAAAUCAAACCCGACGCAUCCUCAGCGAAUCAAUGGAGAUUAUGCAGCAUCCAGCAGAUCGAAGAGGUGAAAUGUCUCCUAAGAAUCGUUCCAAUUUGGUCUACAGGCAUCCUGUACUACAUCGGCAUGGCGCAACAAUCAACCUACGUCGUUCUUCAGGCGAUGCAAUCAGACCGGCAUCUCGGAAGCAAGAAUUUCGAGAUUCCGGCCGGCUCCUUUUCCAUCUUCUCCCUCCUCGCGCUCACCAUAUGGCUACCGAUCUACGAAAGCAUGGUCAUUCCAUGGCUGAGAAAAAUCAGAAAACGAGAGGAUGGAAUCACAUUGCUGCAGAGAAUGGGAGUUGGGUUAGUGAUUUCCGUACUCGCCAUGAUUGUUUCAGGAUUAGUUGAAGAGAGGAGGAGAAGCGCAGCCCUUCAUCGCCCGACGAUCGGAAUCUCACCAACAGGUGGAUCCAUUUCUUCAUUCUCCAGUCUCUGGCUGGUGCCUCAGCUCCUGCUUUCAGGUCUGGCGGAAGCAUUCAACACCAUAGGGCAGAUGCAGUUCUACUACAGCGAGUUCCCUGAACACAUGAGGAGCGUCGCAGGCUGCUUGUUCUUCUGCAACGUCGCGCUUUCGAAUUACUUCAGCGGAUUGCUGGUGACGAUGAUACAUCGAGCGGGAGGGGAGGAUGGGAGUUGGCUGGCCGGAGAUCUGAACAAGGGGAGAUUGGAGAAUUUCUAUUAUCUGAUCGCUGGGAUUGGGAUUUUGAACUAUGUAUACUUCCUUGUUUGCUCCAGGUGGUACAAGUAUAAAAGAUCAGAGCUUUCUGAGAAAGGAAGCAGCUUUGAGCAGCCAGUUUAAAGAUUAAAUAUUGGAUAGUAUGAUGAUAAUGUGAAGAAUGUAAUCAAAGAUUUUCUAUCUGCACCAAUAUAUCAGCAGGUAAUACUUAAUUUUGAUUGGAGCAGAGAGGGAAAAUAUUUAUAUAUGAUUUGUCUUUAUUUAAAAUUUGUAAUUGCAUUCGGCAAUGCCAAUAUAUCAGCAGGUACCGUAAGCUUUUUCUGAAGUAAUA